AUGGGUUCUUUUUUGAAACUUCUGCUUGUGCGCUUCUGGUUGUUUUGGGUGAGUCAUUCCUCAAUCUCAGUGUCAGUAGAGGGAGUAGGAGCUGAAAAUGUUGCUGUUGAUGGCACUGUUUUCAUCAAUGCAACAGUUUCAAUUGCAACCACAGAUGACAAUUUCAUUUGUGCUACUUUAGAUUGGUGGCCUCCUGAUAAAUGUGACUAUGGAACCUGUAGCUGGGGCAGGGCUUCUCUACUUAACUUGGAUCUUGCCAACCCAUUAUUGUUGAAUGCCAUCAAAGCUUUUUCUCCAUUGAAAAUUAGACUGGGUGGAACCUUGGAGGAUGUAGUUAUAUAUGAAAGCAAAGAUAAUCACCAACCCUGUACACCAUUUGUUAAGAAUGCUUCAGAAAUGUUUGGUUUCUCAAAAGGUUGCUUGCCCUUGUCUCGAUGGGAUGAACUCAACGUGUUCUUCAGAAAAGCUGGGGCAGCUGUUAUUUUUGGAUUAAAUGCGCUAAGUGGUAGGAUAAUAAGCUCCGAUGGUUCAGCAGUGGGAGCCUGGAACUCCAGCAAUGCUGAAUCUCUUAUGAGAUACACUGUCAACAAGGGCUAUACUAUUUAUGGUUGGGAGCUAGGAAAUGAAUUGAGUGGCAAUGGAGUUGGGGCUAGAGUUGGACCUGAUCAAUAUGCAGCUGACACAGGCACUCUCCAGAACAUUGUGCAAGACAUAUACAAAGGCUUUGAAGUUAAGCCAGUAGUCUUAGCACCAGGAGGGUUCUUUGAUUCCAACUGGUUCACAGAAUUUAUAGCAAAAUCAACAAAUUCCCUUCAAGUGGUCACCCAGCACAUUUACAAUCUUGGACCAGGUGUGGAUAAUCACCUAAUUGACAAGAUCCUGAAUCCAUCCUACCUCAACACCAGCGCUCAACCCUUUGUUGGUCUUCAGGGAAUUCUGAAAAGCUCUGCAACUUCAGCAGUUGCGUGGGUUGGGGAAGCCGGAGGAGCUUAUAACAGUGGCCGCAAUCUUGUCACAAACACAUUUGUGUUCAGUUUCUGGUACUUAGACCAACUGGGAAUGGCUUCAACUUAUAGCACUAAAACAUAUUGCAGACAGACACUGAUUGGAGGAAAUUAUGGCUUACUCAACACUACAACUUUUGCCCCAAAUCCUGAUUACUACAGUGCUCUUCUCUGGCAUAGGUUAAUGGGAAGUAAAGUUCUGUCUACAAGUUUCUCCGGGACAGGGAAAAUACGAGCCUAUGCCCACUGUUCAAAGAAAUCUGAAGGAAUUACAUUGCUCUUGAUCAACCUGGAUGGGAACACAACAGUUCAAAUUCAAGUUUCAACUGAAAAUGCUGCUGGCAAUGAAGUUCUGAAUGUACGACAGACUCAAAGAACAAAAUACGCUAGGAUGUCUAGAGAUUCUAAAACUAUGCAUGAUAAUAGCACAAGGGAAGAAUACCAUUUAACACCUAAAGACGGAAAUUUACAGAGCCAGACAAUGCUUCUGAACGGGAAAAUACUGGAGGUAAAUUCAUCUGGGAAGAUUCCUCCCUUGGAGCCACUGAUCGUUAAUAGAACAGAUCCUAUAAGUGUUGCUCCUUCCUCUAUUGUAUUUGUUGAUUUUCCUGGUACAAAAUUUCCGGCCUGUAUGUAG